CCAGUGAUCGUAAGGCCUAGUGGAGACCUUCGUGCUAUUGGCGGGAUGCACACAAUCGGACCCGCGUUGAACUGUGUAGACCUAGGUGGAGAACUGACGCAGGACCGAUUUGACCACAUCAGGAACAAGUUGACACCCAUACAGCGGGUCCUGGAGAUGAUGAAGCUGGUAGAAGAUAAGUAUCUUCUUGGAUCUGCGGUGGAAAUUUGCUUCCCGGAGUUCGCUGAUCUUUUCUGGAGGAAGAAACGAGGAAAGGGUAUUCUCAUUCUCCACACUGACGACUACACUGCAGAGUUCGUCUCGCCUCUCCAGACAACGCUUAAUGAAGCAGGCUUGUCCUGCCACACUGAGACCAUCACGGCUACUGACUCCAUUACAGAGAAAACAGUCGAACUUCUGCUCAACCCAAGCAACAGGAUGGUUCUCCUGGUCAUCAGUCCCCAGGCUCUACAUCACAACCACUGGUCAAACCUUGACUACGAGUUCCCAGUUCGGAACGAUAAGCUACUGCUGCCCAUCCUGCUGUACCCGCGGGGCUCCAGAGACAGGAUGGUCCGUUUUCUCCAGCAGCGGGCUCCUGUGAUGUGCAAUCUGACAUCAGUGGAGAUAAGAGAUGAAAGGAAGGAUGGUGCCAGAAGAAAGACUGAAGGAAAUCAUGCAGAAGGUCAUGACUGACGAAGAAAGAGAUUUCCAUCAGAUGUUGGAAAGCAUUUUCAGUCGGCUGGACGACAGAGAUAUGCGGCUUCUUCUGCGCCUGUGGUCUGCACGUACCGGUAAACAGGAGAGUACAGAGAUCGAGACGCCAGCUGACUUGAUGAAGACCAUGUUGAGGACUGGGUACAUCACAACAGGUAAUCUCGGAAUGCUGGAGAAGGACAUGAUUGCGGCUGGGAUCAGCCUUCCGAUUAUUAUGCGAGACAUUCCAGGUGUACCAGAGGAGAUGAAGUACACAAGGACAAUAGAGGCUGCAGUAGGACCCGCGGGUGGAGAGUUGGAGAUUCCUGGUUUCGUCAAACUCAUUGUGCCACAAGGAGUCCUUCAGCAAGACACCAUGAUAACCAUCUCCACUGUGGAUGUUGCUGCUAUCCUCAGGGAUCCUGAGAGUGUCAACUGGAUCUCCGGCUACCCCUGGUCCCUGGGUGAGGACGACUGUCCACGUGAGCUACUGGAUCAGGUGCUGUUCUCCCCAGCUGUUGAUGUCAACCUACACGGUGCACAGCUGAAUGGACCAGUGGAGGUGCAGACGUGGCGACCUCCAGGUUCUGAGGGGAUGAAGUGUCUUCUGUUGAAGCACCAUGAUGCAGAAGGCUGGACAGAUAUCACAGCUUUAACCAGGCAUCACAUUGACUCGGACAGAUUGUCAAUGUUGUUGCAGACCUUCAGUCUGCAAACAAUCUUAUUUGCCCCGGUAAAAGCUGUUGCCAAAGUUACAAAUGCAAUGCUUGGUGUCUUUUCGUCUGAAACUGUUGAGGGCACGUUUACAGCGUACGUCAACCCUGGUGUAAACGAAAUGGAAUUCCACCUUGUCUGCAGAGACCAAAGCGUGGAAACAGAUGAGUACCACCAAGGAUUCAAGUGGUGUGGGUCCAACGAAGCAAGGUCUCCACUCUACAACGGUGAUGUAAUCAAGGUGAAUGUGAGUCUCCAUGAAUGCGAGACGUCGGUGGAGGAGACCCUAUGUGCUAAGCUGUGCAAACGACGCGGCCAGAAGAUACAAAUGCGCCUGAAGAGACCUGAAACUAGACACCCUACCAUUGGCGAAGCGUGUGUCUUCAAAUUUCAACAUCCUCAGUGGCUGAAUGUGUGUAAUCUCACUUUCCGGGAGGAGGGGUUAGUCGACAUCUCCACAAGCCCCUCUCGGCAAAGAUCCAAUGUCGACCAAUCACCUACUACUGUGCCGAGAAAGAAGAGAAUACCAGGAACCCAGGAAACAGAUGGCGGAGCAGGGCCUUGUGAGGACAGGAGAGGCGCAACAGAAACAGCUGACGUGAAGAUAUACUUUGACAAAGUCAUCGCCAGGGCUAGCAGCAACUGGGACAACUUGGCCCUGCAGCUGGGGUUCGACAUGAACGAAAUAAAAGGAAUUGAGACAUUGAAGCCAGACCAGGACCGCAGGUGCAGGGAAAUGCUACACAGGUGGAGAAACAGGGAGGGAAGUGACGCUACUCUACAGGUUCUGAAGCAGGCACUCAUCGACAUUGGUGAAAAGAGGACUGCAGAGAGCUUAGAAGAACCGCCGGUGUAACCUCCUGCAAGUGGUGGAAGCGUGUCAUGUCCAUCGCAGUGCUGGCUAUGAAUUACAGAGCAGACUGUAUCACAAUAGUCAAUGUGUGCCCUUUUCCCAAGACUGUAUAUACUGUAAAUAUCGCAUUUCGAAUAUAUUAUGUCUUGCAUUGUAUCAAAUGUUAUUAUAGCUCUUUUUUCAUAUUCUACCUGGAUAAAUAGAUUGCCAAUAUUUGUAUAUUUGAGCGAAUUGUAUGUAAAGUAAUAUGAUGAUAUUGAGAGUCACUUCAAAUUCAAACGGAGGCAAGUUGAUUGCCCCGGCAAUUCGCAGCAAUUUAUUGAUGAUACAUGGUGCACGUGAUAAUGGAGAAGAGUAAUACUAGCCCGUAGUAAAAUUUUAACAAUAAUAAGACAUAGUAUCAUCAGGAUAUCUUCGAUAUACAUUUUUCCUUGUACAUACUUAAGUAUGACUAAGUAAAAUAUUGUAGAAUUCUUUUGCUAUUUCAUGCCUUUGAUAGUGCUUUCCCUAAUUUGUUUGUGGAGAUUUUUUUGUAAUUAAUAGGUGUGUAGCGCAGACUCCCAAGCAAAAUGGUUGCUAGUUGCAGCCAGUGUGAUAUUGAGUGUUACAGUCAAUUUUAACUACGGUGCUGUCCGGAAUGUGUUUUGACUUGUUGAAAUCAAUCUUAAGUUUUAACGUUAAUUCUAGUGUAGUCUAGUAGCAUGUAUUUAUUAAGAAUGGAACAAAAUAAACAAUGCAAGAACAAUAUCAGAUCCACACGGCGCAGAGGAAAACAGUCAAGCCGUAUCGAUUACUUUCUAGUUUACUCAUCUCUCAUAGCCGAUGCAUCCAAUGUAAAAAUAAAAAAUCUGAUAGAUCACAAGUUUAUUUUCAUUUCUAUUACAACGACAAAUUAUCAGCGAGGCAAAAACUACGGGAAAUUCAACCAAUUUUGUUUAAGAGACAACACCUUCAUAACGUUGACUGAGGAAUUUAUCGAAGAAUUUUUCCGCAUUAACCUUGGAACUAGAGACCCUUUGAUAAUUUGGGAUACAUUCAAAUGCUAUUUUAGAGGACAUUCAAUUAAAUAUUCAUCCCGAAAAUACAACGAACAGGUAACGUCAAUGACAAGCAAAGCAUCGUGCAGACUACACAACUUGCGUCAACUGACGAAGCAAGGCACCAGUUUUACGGACCUAAUACAAAUCUAUCUGACACUGGUACGACCAGUAUUUCAAUACGGCCACGUGGUACUGGUUGGUUGUAGUAAAGAACAUGAACUGGCCUUUGACCGUGUACAACGCCGGGCUCUACGCAUCAUCUCCCUCGGAGGAAGACGCAGUGUACCCGACCUGCCCACACUGAAACUGAGACGGGAGGAGGCACAUACGUAUACAGCCGAAAGCCCGUACUGCAAGGCUUGGCAACUCAUUCCUCCAUUGUGCAAUCCGGCUCUAUAACAAGGCAAUUGUCCAGUAAUACCAUGAACAUUUUAGUCGCUAUCCGCACAAACGUCUGUAUGGUUUGUCUAACGUAAUUUUAAGAAUUAUUGUACUGUGUGGCUUAAGAGUGCAAAAGAGUGUUUUUUUUUAAUAUGCCGUUAUGUGUUGUCAAGUCUGGUAUUAAGGACAAAAUUCGGCUGUAUCACCCGCGAAAACCAUUGAACACAAAGAAUACAUUUGUAAAGAAUUAUGAUUCGUAUAGAUGAACUUACAAUAAAAUUAGAUAUGUCCGAUGUACCACCUGAUGCACUGAUGCUCAAAAUAUUACAGAACGAAUUGGAAAAUUUAUACAAGGAAAAACGAGAAGCUUUACAACGCACAAGCAAAUGAUAUGGAAUUUUCAGAACAAUAUCAGAACUAUCACAUUAUGUAUGAAAUUUAAGUAGACCCUCGUUGUAGUAAAGAGCUACAAGUUAAGUAGGAGUCAUUGUGUUCCUGUAGGUCUACCAUGUAUUAAGGAGAUGAUAUAUACAAGUAUGAUUAUGAGGUAUGAAUACAGGAGGCAGAGAGGGGACAUGACAUGAUUCAGGUGUUUAAGAUCAUGAAAGGACUCGACAGAAUUCCAGUCCGCAGCUUCUUUACUCCAGUGUAACAGUUAGUUACCA